CAUUCAGGGGACAAAACUUAUUGUUUGGAGCGUGGAAAGGGUCAGAAUGGCACAUCAAAUCAUCCACACGGGAAAAGCCAUUGUUUUUGUUUGCUGCCCUUGGCUCCUGUUGGGAGGAAGGGCUGGAUAUACUACGAAGAAGAUGAAGAAGAAGAAGAUGAAGAAGAAGAAGAUGAAGAUGAAGAAGAUGAAGAAGAAGAAGAUGAAGAUGAAGAAAAUGAAGAUGAUGAAGAUGAAGAAGAAGCAGAUGAAGCAGAUGAAGAAGAAGCAGAUGAAGAUGAUGAAGAUGAUGAAGAUGAAGAAGAAGAUGAAGAAGAAGAUGAAGAAGAUGGUGAAGAAGAUGGUGAAGAAGAUGGUGAAGAAGAUGGUGAAGAAGAUGAAGAAGGUGAAGAAGAAGAUGAAGAAGAUGAAGAAGAAGAUGAAGAUGGUGAAGAAGAUGAAGAAGAUGAAGAAGAAGAUGAAAGAAGAUGAAGAAGAAGAUGAAGAAGAAGAUGAAGAAGAUGAAAGAAGAUGAAAGAAGAUGAAGAAGAAGAUGAAAGAAGAUGAAGAAGAAGAUGAAGAAGAAGAAGAUGAAGAAGAAGAAGAUGAAGAAGAAGAAGAUGGAGAAGAAGAAGAUGGAGAAGAAGAAGAUGGAGAAGAAGAAGAUGGAGAAGAAGAAGAUGGAGAAGAAGAUGAAGAAGAUGAAGAAGAUGAAGAAGAUGAAGAAGAUGAAGAAGAUGAAGAUGAAGAAGAUGAAGAUGAUUUGAUGGCAUGCAUGUGCAUGCACCUUUAAUUUUUUAAAAACAAAAAUACAACUCUUGACGUACCAGAUUUGCAC